UUUGUUGUCAGACGGUAGCAAGGCGACUGUUUACCCUUCGAGCUAGCUAACCUGAUCAGUUAAACGGGGGGAAUAUCAGUGUAUGAAAUGAUUAGGAUUACGUUUUGACGUAACUGAAUCAUCCCAAAAGUGGAUGUAAUUAAGUCGAAGACGUCGCCAUCGAAGAGGAAGUUUGACAACACCGAGAGUACACAUGUCGUCUGCAGCGGAGACGGUGGAAAAUGCCUCUAUUAUUUCAGAGAGCAUGGCCCAUGAUGGAAACCGUCUGUGGAUAGGCAACAUCGACCCCAAAAUCACAGAGUACCACCUGGUGAAGUUGUUGGAGAAGUUUGGCAAAGUGAAACAGUUUGACUUCUUGUUUCAUAAGUCUGGACCUUUGGAGGGACAACCACGAGGCUACUGCUUCGUCAACUUCAGCACCAGAGAGGAGGCAGAAAGGGCGAUUCAGUGUUUAAAUGGGAAGCUAGCUUUGUCCAAGAAGCUGGUCGUGCGCUGGGCGCACGCACAGGUGAGGAGGUUUGAAGGUUUCCGUAAUGACAAGACGAUGCCUCCGAGCCUGGAACCAUCGUGCAGCGGUGCAGGAGAGGAAGGAACCAUAACAACCAACCACCUCAGUACGAGUGCUAAGAUCCGCGCCAUCGAGGCCAAGCUCCAGAUGAUGGAGGAGAAUCCAGACGACGACUACUCGGGCCCGUCGGCCUACGUUUACAACAAGCCGCCAGAGAGGAAACGCUGGGAGCCCUACUCUAAAUCACACCACAAUAACCAGAGCAGGCCCUUCCGCAAGUUUAGGAGAUGACCCAUCCUCCCACUUACUCUGGAGAUCCCCCCCUCUCUUCCCCUUCCCCUCCCCCAGUAUCUGCACCUCCUCAGCCCCCCACCUCCACACAAACAGGCUCCACACUAUACAGACUGCACACAUCCUAUGUGGGAGAGUUUUGAUCCAGGUGAGCGACACCCUGUGACUGUUUGGGAGUGACCACGGCGAUCAUGGACAAAUACCCAAAGUAUUGUUUUUUUGUUUUUGUUAUUUCAGGUAUGAUCAGUUAUUCUCCAGUCAGAUAUGUGACCCUGUCUGGCUGGUUGGGCCCCUGGACGAUGUGUUUUGUCACUUUUGCAGAGAUUUAACAGGUGAUCCACAGAUAAAGAGAAAUGUUAUUGUCAAGGAGUGUAAAUGCUGUUUUUCACAUCAUGUUAUUUAAGAAAAGAGUUUUUUCUUCUUUUUUUUAUUUUUGAGGGGAGGGGGCUCACUUUUCGGUUUGGCUUUAUUUAAGACAUGUAAUUAAUUGGUUUGUAUUAAUGAACAAUAAGCCACAAGCCGCUCAGCGACACUUACUGUGAGUUGCAGUAUUUUUUUUGUGUGUUCCUUGUUUUUUUUCUCCUCCUCCCCCUCUAAUGAUUUGCUGAUUUUUCUCGGAUCCAGUUUUUAUAUGACUCUUUUUACUGACUUUUGUGUAGCGUGUAGAUUUUUUGGUAUUUCCCUGGUCACAGUCUUAUUAUUUUAAUUUUUCAAUUAAAGCUAAAUAACCACAUCUCCAAAGUGUUUUUUUUUUUCUAACGACAUGGACGUUGCCAUUAAAAUAAAGGAUUCAGUUUUGGGGAAUUUUAGUCAACUCACUGUCAUUAUAAUUAAUUUAAUUAAACCCUGUUUGUUUUCUAAAAACAAAUAAAAGUUAGCUAAAGCUGAUCCUUCAUCAUCCUACACCAGAUCAAUAGAAUCUUUUUUUUAAAAACCUGUAAACAGAAACCUUCUAGAACAUCAUACAUCUGAUAUGAUCAUUUGGGGUUUUGGAGCAUUUUGAGGCUCAGCUUUCCUUUUUUUUUCCUCCCAGAUUUGAUGAAUAUUAAAUAUUUUAUUAUUUUUGUGCAAUCUACCAAAAGUCCCUGUAAAUAGUUGUGAUAUUUUUUAGGCCUUUUUGUAUACGGGUUCAAUGUGGAAGCGCUCUGUUCUGAAGCUGUAACUCAUUUCCAUGUGCUGUCAUAACGGAGCGCAGAGCUUCUCAUGUGAUCCGAGUUGUUCUUUCCUGCAGGUGUGAAGCUAUAAAAAAAAAAACCCAAAAGACGAAGCCUGUUGGCCACACUGUAGUCUGAAUGUGUUGUUGUGAGCUCACCGAGAACAUUUAACUGAGAAGGAGAUCAGCAGACUUACGAUGGAAGAGCACAACGUGGUGCGCACCGAUGAACCAAAUCCUACCUCUUGACAUUUAUCGAAUCAGUUUGUUGUUGUAAAAUCAUCACCAUCAUCCACCCGGUUGCAGAUCAUUUCUGAUGUCCAUUAGAGCAGAUUAAUGAUUUCUUUUUCAGUGUCUGUAUUUAUCUGUUUUCAAUAAAAGGCCUGUUCGUUCAAAUA